AUGAAGAUACCAGCGUUCUUGAAAUUUAGUCUUCUGACUUUAGGAAUUCUGACUUCCCAGUCGUCGGCUGUCCUCUACAACACCCCCGUCGACACCGAGUAUGGGAAAGUCCAGGGGUGCAAGUAUUUCAACAGCUCGACAUCCCAGAAAUACUUUAAUCUCCCGGACAGUCACAUCGCUGCCUUCCUCGGAAUUCCAUAUGCUGCAGAUACGGCCUACCAGAAUCGCUGGAAACCUGCCCAACGCCGUCAGCCUUGGAACAGCACCCUAAAGGCUCAUGAAUUUGGACCUUCUUGUCCUACAUCUCACCAAGCCAUCACAUACAACAUCAGCGAGGACUGUUUGCGCGUGAAUGUUUGGACUCCCGCAAAUUCCAGCGCAGACGGCCUACCAGUGCUGGUAUGGAGCUACGGCAGCGGCGAGACAAGCACAGAGCCUCGUUACGAUGGUGGUGGGCUGGCGACAAAGGACGUGGUCGUGGUGACUUACAACUACCGAGAUGCCGCGUUUGGCUUCCUGGCCCAUCCUUCUCUAAAUGAGGAGUCAGGUUACAACUCCUCCGGCAACUAUGGUAUUAUGGACUUCUUCACUGUCCUUCAAUGGGUUCAAAACAACAUCGUCAACUUUGGCGGUGACCCGGAAAAGGUGACAAUAGCGGGUCAAUCAUUUGGGUCUGCGCAGGUUUAUCACGCCGUCAAUAGCCCUUUGGCAAAAGGUCUCUUCCGAGGCAUGAUUGCUGAGAGCGGCAUCCGCCACCCAUAUGACCCUCUUCUGGCCGGAUUGGCAGACUCGUAUCAAAAAAUGGAAAAGGCUGUCGAGAAUGGUAUCAACUACACGACCUUCCACAACGUAAGCACUAUCGCGGAGCUUCGCACCCUGAGCAUGGAACAGCUCCUCAUCGGCAGCGAUGAUCGCCAGGCAAUCGACAACCUGACAGCUUUGUGGGCGAUGAACCCACCACUUUUCAAAACCACAAUGGACGGCUACGUUGUGCCGAAGAAAUACAUCGAUUCUCUCCGCGAUGGGCCUGCGAACGACGUCCCCAUGAUCGCCGGCAAUAAUAAGGAUGAGAGUGGUGCAUCCACAUCAACGAACUACACGGUCAAAGAAUAUCUGGAGUACAACGGUCAGUGGUAUGGAAAUCUCACCAGCAGGUUUCUCGAAUUGUACCCUGCGCGGAAUGACAGCGAGGCCGACCGAUCUUGGAACGCCGCUUCACGCGACCUCUCCCUCGUGUCGUCGUACCAAUUUGCGAAUGGCUGGGUCGAGUCGGCGAAGAGCCCGUUCUAUACCUACUACUGGGACCAUGCUCCUCCCGGACAGAGCCAGGGAGCAUUCCACAUGGCCGAGAUCACCUACGCCUUGAAGAACCUCUACAAGACUAAUCUUCCGUGGACCGACUACGACUUUUACCUCGCGGAUGUGAUAUCUUCAUACUGGGCCAACUUCGUCAAAACAGGAGACCCUAACUCCGGAGGGUCGUAUGGGAACGGAAGUUUGACCCGGUGGGCGCCUAACAAGUCCGAGAAGCCAACUGUAAUGCAUCUUGGAGAUGGAUUUGGUGAGAUUCCAAUUGCCACUCGGGAGCGAAGAGAGCUGCUUUCUGUCUUUCUGAAGAGACACGAGCCUUACUAGGAGCAUUCCGCGCAAUCGACGGGCUACCUACAACUUUUCGGAUAGUCUGGCGCAGCUUUAUAGCCUUCUUUCCCUCCUUUCUGCCUUCAAUCGGAACAAGUGCAUUCACUCCUUCUGACAGUGUACAUCGUCACUCAUUAAUUCACCUUCCUGUGUUAGCUAGUGG